AUGCUGCACGAAGCGGCGCCCUGCACGUGCGGGUUGCUCUACGGCAGCUGCGGCGGCGGCUGCUCGCUGCUGUUCGCGGCGGGGGCUCCGGGGGUCGACCACCACUAUUACAGGCAGUACUGCGGUGGCGACGGGGAGCAUGCCGCGGCGGGGGGCUUCGAGGGGCCGUACGGCGGCGGCGGCUCGGUGGACUGCACGCUGUCGCUCGGCACGCCGUCGACCAGGCGCGCCGAGGCCGCGGUGGCCGGGCUGCCGUGGGAUCCGUCUUUGCAACCCAGCUGCAACGGGCGGCAGGAGAUGAGCGGUGGCGCCGCGUCGGCUCCUCGCCGGUGCGCCAACUGCGACACGACCUCCACGCCGCUCUGGAGGAACGGCCCACGCGGACCAAAGUCGCUGUGCAAUGCGUGUGGCAUCCGGUACAAGAAAGAGGAGAGGCGCGCUGCCGCUGCAGCGGUGGCGCCGACGGCGCUGGCAUCGGACAGCGGGGUGGAUUACGCGUACGGCUACCCGCGGCAGCAGCAGCAGUGGGGAUGCUACGGACCGGCAGUGGCAAAGGCGGCGUCCUUCGGCGCGUUCGGCGACGCGGUGAGCGAGGACGGACCGUGCCUGCCCUGGGGGCUCGGCGUCAUGCCCUCGUCGCCGGCGUUCAGCGCCGUCCGGGAGGUGCCCAGCCUGUUCCAGUACUACUAGCUAGGCCACCAGUCUCAUCUGUCUCUCUCUCACUCACUCACUCACACUCGCUAUCACUAGAUCUCUUUUCUCCCUUUUUUAGUAAGAACAAGAUGCUGUACUUCUUUUUGAGGGCAUGAGAUGCUGUACUUGACCAACGACCCAGCUGCAUGAAAGUUGAAGCUGAUAUGGUCAUCAAGUUUUCUAGGUUGCAUUUUGUUAUAAACGUCCAUGGUUAAUUGUAAUAUCUGAGAUACUAUCUUAAAA